CCAGGAUCCCACACGCCUGUACUACAUCAACACGUGUACCACGGAUAUCCUGUUCCAUUUCUCUCGCGAAUCGCUUCAGAUUUCUCGAGGUAAACGCCGUCUUGUGUACACCAUGCGCAGUGCGCACCGCUGCGCAUUUUAGGAAUCAGUCGUAGCCUUCGUAGGGAAGGAACGAAGGUAAUCACAACGAAAGUCAGUCACAGGUGCCCCCGCGCGCGCGAGAGAGAAAGAAAAGCGUAGAAAAUCGUUCCAGUCCGACGCGGAAUUCCAAUAAAAACAACCGCGUAAGCGGUAGAAACUCCGAUCGCAUCCAUCGAUCGACCAGUAUCGAUGGCUGUGAACAACGUGAUGCUAGCAAUCCACGAGAAGAAGACUUCGUCCGUGGAGAUGUACCGUCCCCUCCGCCAGUACAUCACCUUCCACUACUCAGAGCGAGAAGCCCAAAAUCUAGAAGACGACCUCCAAUCCAUCCGUCAGAUGCGGUCCGACAUCGAGCGGCCGUCCGAUUCCCCCGAUGCCCGCCGUGACCUCCUUCAAUCCUACUAUCGGGCCCUUUGCUUGAUGGAAUCGAGGUUCCCGAUCUCCGCCGAUCGGGACCACAUCAACGCCAUCUCCUUCACCUGGCACGACGCUUUCAAGCCCAACAAGAAGGCGACGCAGCAGAACAUCCACCUCGAGAAGGCGGCGGUUCUCUUCAACCUCGGGGCCGUAUAUAGCCAGAUCGCGCUUUCGGCUGACAGGACUGCGGCCCACGGGCUCAAGCAGGCGUGCAAUUCGUUCCAGGCGGCUGCUGGAGCUUUUGGGUUUCUGAGGGAUAAUGAGGCUACAAAGGCGGCAGUGGGCGGUGCCGCGACACUUGAUUUGUCGGGUGAGUGCGCAGGGAUGCUUGAGAAGCUCAUGCUCGCGCAGGCGCAGGAAUGUUUUUUUGAGAAGGUGAUCGCUGACGGAAAGCCACCGGGGCUCUGUGCGAAGGUCUCCAGGCAGGUUGGCCUUUACUAUGAGGAAGCUUAUGCAGCCUUAAAUGUUCAACCUCUCAACCAGCACUUCGACCGGACCUGGAUUUCUCAUGUACAGUUAAAGGCAGCUCAGUUCUAUGCGGAAGCUUGCUACCGUUUUGGCUUGGAACUGCAUGACAAAGAAGAGAUUGCGGAGGAAAUUGCACGGCUGAAAAGUGGGAUCACUGCAUUGGCUGAUGCAAAGAAAACAGCUAAAGGUGUUGCCGCGCCCCUCCUCGAUGCUGUUACUAGAUUGGAAGCUAAUUUAAAUCGCAACCUGGAGAGGGCUAUGAAGGAGAAUGAUAGGGUUUAUCUCAUGAGGGUUCCUGCAGCUAACUCCUUAUCACCUCUUCCGGCUGCUUCACUGGUCAAGUCCACACCCAUGAAUGAAAUCUUGGAUGCGAGCAAAGAGAAGUUGUUUGCAAGUCUUGUCCCAGAUACCAGUGCAAAGGCUCUUUCGAGGUAUACAGAGAUGGUCGAUGACAUCAUUCGGACACAAGCUGAGAAGUUGCAGCAAGGGAGUGAGAUAACUAGAGUUAAGCUAAAAGAAAUGGACCUGCCUGAUUCUAUACUUGCGUUGGAAGGGAAUUUCACACUACCAGUGGAUCUUAAAGAAGAUGUAGAGGCAGUUCAGAUCGUUGGUGGCCCAUCCAGUUUGGAAGCUGAGUUGCAGCAGCUUAAGGAUUUGAGAAGGGUGAACCAGGAGCUGCUUGUGCAGACUGAAGAGCUUCUGCAGAAAGAAGCAAGAGAGGAUGCUCAAUUCCGAAGCCAAUUUGGGACACGGUGGACUAGACCUCAGUCAAGCACUCUGACAAAGAACUUGCAGGACAGGUUGAACAGAUUUGCUGGAAACCUGAAGCAAGCCACAGAAAGUGAUGCACGAAUCGAGCGUGCUGUGAGAGAGCAUUCAGCUCUCAUGUCAAUCCUUGACCAUCGGCCGAUAGAAGCUGCUCUUCCAAGUCUUGCGAAGCCAAUCUUGUCUUUGGAUGGCAAUGAAGAUGCUAUUGUUGGGGCCCUGAAACAGAGUCUGAGGCAAUUGGAGAUUCUUGGUGCACAGCGGGCAGGUCUUGAGGAUAUGCUUAAAGAGAUUAAAAGAAAGGAUGAUAUUCUACCCAAGUUGAUGACUACCGCUGGGUCAUAUGAGGAUCUUUUCAGGAAGGAGAUAGCAAAGUAUGAUCACAUCUGUGUAGAAAUUGGGCAAAAUAUAGAGGCACAAGAGCAGUUAUUGUUGCAAAUUCAGGCUCAAAAUGAUCAUUUCACUGCUGUCUUUAAUUUGGAAGAUUACAGAGCUUCUCGGGAGAAGAGUUACAAACAAAUUGCCGCUGCCAUAUCAAAGUUCCGAGAAAUCAAGGAUAACAUCAAUGAGGGACUCAAAUUCUAUGUCACUCUUCAGGAUGCAAUCACAAUCGUGAAGCAGCAGUGUAGCGAUUUUGCGAUGACCCGCAACAUCCAGUGCCGUGAAAUGAUUGAAGAUGUACAGAGGCAAGUGGCAGGUCUCAGCUUCAAUGCCAAUGGAAGAAGUGGCCACAACUAUUCUUCAGCUGGACCGCCACAAUCACAGAGAUCUGUCUCUCAACCACCAGAUCCCCAAAGCUCACCACAUCCUUCACGCCCACAGACGCCUUAUUACCAAUCUGUGGAGCAGCCGGCAGCUGGAUUCACGCAGCCUCAGCCUGCAUAUGCCUCAUCCCAGCAGCCUCCUUAUCAUGCACCACUGCCCACCAGUAGUCAUUACCAACCUCAGCAACCAGUGGGCCAUGAAUAUGGCCAACCUGCUUACCCCGGGUGGCGCGGCCCAUACUACAAUGCCCAUGCGCAACAACCUGGAUCACAACCCCCACCUCCUUACACCAUUCCGCCGCAGCAACCCGGAUCGCACCCUCCGCCUCCCUACACUGUACCAUCCCCGUAUCCUCCCCAUCAAGGUGGUUACUAUAAGCACCAAUAAAGCAUCUCCUCGCUUCAUCUAUUUGAUUGCUAUACUCGUCGAUUUCCUGUGUUUAAGACAGCAGUGUGGAACUCUACCUGGAUCAUAAUCAGGUCUUAUGCAUCAGGUUCGUUAUCUUGGUGCGCUUGCCUGUCUGUGGAGUCGCAUGCGUGCAUGUAUUUAUUUAUCUGUGCACCUUAUCCUUAAUAAUAUUGUUAGCUGUUUGAUUAUA